AUGUCCAGCAGACCAACCCGAAAGUGGUUUAGAAUAAUUUUUAGUAGCUUCUUCUUGGCAACUAUUGGCCUGGUCACACCUUUGCUUCGAACUGCAAGCUCUGCACACCAUGCUAGCAAACUGCGCUCAACUUCUUUCAGAAGGCACUUGAGCGUGGUGUUUCAGUCUGGAGGGCAUUAUGGGAAGAACGCAGUGCACUUCUUACUGCAACGGACAUUCCCCGAAAUCGACAUUCGGUAUACGCUUGUUGAGCGGAAUACUAGGCUUGUGCCCUCGGAAUAUGAUAUUGUGGCCGAGAGUUGCCCUCAUUUCCAAAGGCACGAGACAACCCCAUGUCGGUACACAUCAGGCGCUUGGGUCCAAUUUUCAGGAGAACCUGGGAAACACUAUCGCGAUGAAAAAUGGUGUCCGCACCAUGAGAUUCCGCUCGUUCGUUUGGACACAACUUUGAAGUAUUAUGCAAAGGUGCAUCCUGAAACUCAUUUCAUAUGGGCACCUUAUGCUUGUGAUGGGGUUCCUCGUCACAAGGCAACGCUGAAGAGUCGGAACCUCGACAAUUUUUUUGACAGGCCUUUCCUCAUCGCUUGGAUCAGUUCCAACUGCGUGUCGUAUAGGGCGUCAAUGUGGCGUGCUUUGAAGCAAGUCGCCGAUGCGAAAGGCGUAACUGGUGUCCACGCCCUCGGAAAGUGUGAGAACAACAUGGAUUCCGUAGGUAACCGGGAAGCACGAGGUUCAAAUCCUUCGACCUACUCCAAAUAUAAGUUUGUACUAGUCAUGGAAAACUAUCCUGAGCCGGGAUAUGUAUCUGAGAAGCUUGUCGACGCACUUGCAGGAGGCGCGAUCCCUAUUUACUACGGCGACAUAUCAGCUGCCAAACUCAUCUUUAACGAGUCUGCUUUCAUUCACAUCCCUUCAAUAUGGAGAUCCGUGAACGCUUCUAUCGCGGAACCGCCUUCUUUCGAGAAUUUUGUGCUGGCUGCAGAGUACAUCAUCGACAUUAGUCGCUCGCCGUAUCUUAAAGAUUAUUUGAUAACAGAUGUGAUGGCGAAACACGAAAGGUUACCAGAUUACGAGCACGCCGGCUUUCCUAGCAUUCCUUUUCCGCCAGAAUGUCUUGACCUUUCUGAAGCACUGAUUGAAGAGGCCUAUAACACUGAGCCAAUUGUGCUGGCCUUGGAUGCGUUGCGUUCGCGUAUCCAACCGUUGUUGUGGCCCAUGUUGAAAAGUUCACUGCAGAAACAUGUAUAAUCCGAUGACAAAAUUCUUGCUACAACAAUUUGUAUUCAGGAGUCCACGUAGCUUUGCAGCGUUGUUGUGGGCUCCUCCAGGGUUGGUGCCGCAGCGUUGGAGUAUGAACUUUAAAAGUUCCCUUAUAGAUGAUGAGAUACCCCGAGGCAGAUUCGGAUCGAGCGCAAGCUGACGCGUUGAAUUUUGUCCUAACAUCGAUCGAAACCUGCUUAAAUACGACUUAUGAAGGUACCUUCAUUCGCACCAUCGAAGGAAUCAUACAUACUGCAGUUUGUUUUAGUAUCGGUGGAAAAUAUUUUCAGGACUACCGCGGAUCGCUUUUGGAGACUGGCGGUUGAUUUCGCAUGCGAGGGGCACGAUUUUCGUCGAAAUAUUGUGGCCAAAUGAAAAAAAACAAUUUGAACGAAUCGCCCGGCGCACAUCGCCCAUGACAAGUCUACGAUGGUUGGUUCAUUCCGGCCGCGGGUCGAACGGUGCGGGAUAGCGGCGUGGAGGGCACCAAGGGUACCGGGACUCGCACCAUUCAUCACAUAGUUCAUCGACGGGACAAAGCUGCACAUGCUCGUUUUUCAAGCUGAACACGUCGUAAUCGCCAUCAUCGUACGCCGCGCGGAUCACAUCGCCUCUCUGCUCCUGUUUCUUCAAGUCGUGAGAAACCUGAAGAAAUAUGGAAAGAUCAAGAAAGAUCGUCGUGUUUGACUUGUGGCCGGGGGCAGCGCUCAGAAGUUUCUUCGAGAAGGUAUAUUGCACUUUUCGUGCGAAGUAUUUCACCUGUUGAAUUGCUCGUGGCUCGAGCUGGGAAGUUGGAUGAACCCGGUAGAAUGUGUAGAGAAGUAGCCUCAAUUGUUGCUUGCUUGUUUGCUUGCAUAUUGCUUGCUUCUUGCUUUAUUUAUUACCUUCGACGGUAUUACGAAUGAAGGUACGUAUGUACGUACGAACGUACGUACGUACGUACGAACGUACGUACAUAUCUACGUACCUUCGAAGGUAAUAAUAAAUAAUUAUCUUCAGAAGUUAUUAUUGCGUAAGUGCCUCCCUGUGGACGAAUGACCCACGAAUUAUGACUAAGAAAUGACGACGCGGUCGGCUGGUUCGGGACGAAGUUUUAGACGAUUUGAUCGAUGCAGCUUCGAUGAAGAAGUGCACAUAGUUUAGAUUUGAAGCUGAAUUUUCAUCGAUGAUCGGUCAACUUCGACGUCGACCACCGCCUCCUAAGAAGACGCGUUUGCGUCGUGCUUCCUUCAGAAGUGGCGUGCGUGUGAGGACGACGUGUGCGUGCACGCCAAGCGCAACGAUAAGGACGUGACGCGGAACAGUCGUAGUCCAAAAAAAGGGAAGGCGUCGCACAGCGUUGUAGUCAGAAAUAAAGUGACAAACGGUGCUCGCACGGUGACUUAGUCUACGAUUUAUGAAAAUGAUCGAAAUGACGACCAAUCAGAAGACGAAUUGACGAUGACGGGCCAAUCAGAAGACGAAUAAAAUAUCACAGGUUGGAAAAAGACUAGGUGGGAAUUUGGUGCUAAUAAUAAUAACGUGACUUCG